UCUUGCUAAAACUACCUGGCCGAGUGGAUCUGCUGCAUUGGCCCACCAUUUGCUGUGAUGCUGGGGUCUAACAGUACUGGCAACUUGUCACGAGCUGCUCAAGUUUCUUUGACAUUUUUAAUGUCCCUAUUUGCCUUGGCUAUAAUGAUAGGCAAUGCUGUGGUCAUUUUGGCCUUUGUGGUGGACAGAAACCUUAGACAUCGAAGUAAUUAUUUUUUUCUUAAUUUGGCUAUUUCUGACUUCUUCGUGGGUAUGAUCUCCAUCCCUCUGUACAUCCCUCACACAUUGUUUAACUGGGAUUUCGGAAGUGGAAUCUGCAUGUUUUGGCUCAUUACUGACUAUCUUUUGUGCACAGCAUCGGUCUACAAUAUUGUCCUCAUUAGCUACGAUCGCUACCAGUCAGUUUCAAAUGCUGUGUCUUACAGGGCUCAAUACGCUAGUGUCGUGAGGAUUGUUGCUCAAAUGGUGGCUGUUUGGAUACUGGCUUUCUUGGUAAAUGGCCCGAUGAUUCUGGCAUCGGAUUCUUGGAGGAACAGCACGAACACAAAGGAAUGUGAGCCUGGCUUCGUUACUGAGUGGUACAUCCUCGCCAUCACGACGCUCUUGGAAUUCCUGCUCCCUGUCAUCUCGGUGGCUUAUUUCAAUGUACAGAUCUACUGGAGCCUGUGGAAGCGCAGGCGUCUCAAUAGGCGCCCUAGCCAGGCCGGAUUCAUCACCACCCCUUCCAGUGACUCUGGACACCUCCACAGAGCUGGCUUGGCUUGCAGGACGAGUAUUCCUGGGCCGAAGGAAUCAGCUGUGUCCCUUCAUUCAGAAAGUCCACGGAGAAAGAGCAGUUUCCUGGCGUCCUUCAGGACUCCCAUGAAGGGCAGUAUCAUUGCCUUCAAAGUAGGUUCCGUCUCACGAUCAGAGAGCUCGGCACUUCACCAAAGGGAGCACGUAGAGCUUCUCAGAGGCAGGAAGCUAGCCAGGUCGCUGGCCAUCCUCCUGAGUGCCUUUGCCGUUUGCUGGGCUCCAUACUGUCUGUUCACAAUCGUCCUUUCGACUUACCACAGAGGGGAGCGCCCCAAGUCGGUUUGGUACAGCAUUGCCUUUUGGCUGCAGUGGUUCAAUUCAUUUGUUAAUCCCUUUCUGUACCCUUUGUGUCACAGACGUUUCCAGAAGGCUUUCUGGAAGAUACUUUGUGCGACAAAGCAGCCAGCACCGUCACAGAACCAGUCAGUAUCUUCUUGAGGAGAAUGGCUUCACGAGCACCAGCUUCGGUCUCUGUCCUCUGAACCGGACCUGAGCUUCCAUCUUGUUCUGUCCGCUCAAGCAAACGAUGCACAAAAUGUAAUGUUUGAAAACUGUAAUAAAGACUCACCACGUGCAAGUCAGUGGAGCACGAGCCGACAGCAGCGUAGGGACCGUGAGAGUCCGAGAGCUGCAAAAAUACUGCUUCCCUCCGUGCUCUCUCUUUCUUGAUACAACUCUAGCUGUGUUACCCUCUAUUCUUUCUGCACUCAGUGUUUUCCCCAGUAGUGUUAGUUUCUUUUUCUGUGUGUGUGUGUGUGUGUGUGUGUGUGUGUGUACAGGCAGGUGCAUGAAGAUUGCUAGGAUUCUAAGCUCCACCCCCCAGUUACCUGGCAACAGCCAAGUAUGCCCCGCCCCACUGUUACCUGGCAACAGCCAGGUAGGUCUGUCCAGCUAUAAAAGGGGCUGUUUGCCCCUCCUCCUUCUCGUACAUCGCGUAUUCUCUCACUCUCAGCUUCUCUGCCCCUCCUGGGCUCCUCUCUCUCCUCCUCCCCUCCCCCCUUUCUCCACGUGGUCAUGGCGGCCUCUGCUUCUCUACUCUCUCCUUCUCGCUGCCUUUCUCUGCCUCUACUCCCCCCUUAACUCCCCUCCCUGUGCCCUGAAUAAACUCUAUUCUGUACUAUACCAUCGUGUGGCUGGUCCCUCGGGUUUGGGGGGGGGGGAGGGAAUGGAUGCCUCCGCCUGGGCCCGCUGAGGCACCCCUUCCCCCACACCGCCUAGAACAUAUUUUCACCUCUUUCUCUUUUUUUGAUCGCAACACAGAUGGCUUCAGAGGCCAGAAGGGGGUGACAGACCAUGUGGAGCUGGAGUUACAGGUAGCUCUGAGCCACAAAACGUGGGUGUUGGUAACAACCUGGGUCCUCUGUAAGAGCAGUCAGUGCUCUUCCUUGCUGAGCAACCUUUCUAGCUCCAACUUUCUGUUUUCCACAUUCUGGUCACGUUAAUUUGUUUAGUUUGAAACAUCAUUCCUUAAAGAAAUAUUAGGCAAGAAGUGAGCCCAGGUUAGCUCAUGGGUUUUUCUAGCUCUUCCUCCCAUGAUCCCAGUAGGAAGGAGGCAUGGCUUGAGGGACAGGGAAGUCACCCGUAUUUGAAAGCUUC